UCCAGAGAAAAUGUUCCAGCACAUCCGAGGGAACACAGGCCUUCCCAGACUGGCCUGAUGCUGUUUCUUUCCCAGGAGCAGCAAGCCUUCUGGAAGGUGGACCAUCAGGUGGAAGAAGCAUUCUCCAGAGAGCUGCCUUCCCCAGGGAACGGCGACAGCUUGCGCUUGCCGGGGAGUCCUGCUGCAGCCCGAGGUGUGAAGGGAAGGCAUGCUCCGUGCAUAUGCUGUACCAUACAGUUUUGCCUACAACUGCCUGUAGCUUCGUGGUAGCUGAGAAUGCUCCGUUCCUCUCCUUUUCACCCUUGAAGAUCCGCGAACGCGCAGGGAGCUGUGCGAGGCACGGCGCUCCCCGUGUGGCAGGCGAAGGAGGACGGGGGUCUGGCCGCUCUGCCCACUGGGGCGGGUGGACAUGUGUUAGGAGAUAUCAGAGCUGGUGGCGAAACAGCCCACCCAUCCACGGCAGCCUUCCCGCCAUUGCCGUGCCAGGAUUUUUGGUUUCAUUGAAGGAUUUGAUCGGUACAGACCUCACCAAGGCGAAAUUCCUUCUAAAGGAAGUAGACCUGAAAGAUUCACGCUCAUGCCUGCUCCGCAAGUGGAGGCAUCGCUACCUUCAUCCCCAGACGAUCAACCGGAGCCCAGGAGGGAGAGUGGUCUGCGACAGGGAGGGCACCCACGGGGCCCUGUCGCCACCCCUGCUGCGGACCACGCCCCAGCACGUGGGUGGGCAGGCAGACGGGGCGGGCCAGGACGCGCAGCGAGCGCUGCCGGCUGCCACGCGUGGCCCGCAGACCACGGUGCAGAAGGGAAGGGCCAUCCCGGGCUGCACCGGCCGCUUUACUUCUGAAGCAACGUUGCCGUGCAGCCCGGACUAG